AUGGCUGUUGAACGCAUGGCAACAAACACACGAUGUAUAAAUUGCAGAUUUUGUCACAACGUUAGGCCGUUACCUACUACUACUACUACUACUACUACUACUACUACUACUACUACUACUACUACUACUACUACUACUACUACUACUACUACUACUACUACUACUACUACUACUACUACUACUACUACUACUACUACUACUACUACUACUACUACUACUACUACUACUACUACUACUACUACUACUACUACUACUACUACUACUACUACUACUACUACUACUACUACUACUACUACUACUACUACUACUACUACUACUACUACUACUACUACUACUACUACUACUACUACUACUACUACUACUUCUCACACUUUUCUACUACUGUUACUGCUAGUCAUGAUGUGA